UAGUAAAUGUGUGUGUUUGGUGGCCCUGCCAGGCAGCGGGGUUGGAACUACAUGAUCCUACAUGAACCACUACAUGGUUCUGAAAUAUAUUACCCUGCCAGGAUCAGGGUUUGCAUCCAAGAGCAGGACCGGGCUUCCCAGCAUCACCGUUAAACACCACGGUGCCCAUUCAGGAGGAGCUGUUCCUUUAUUUCCUUCUUUUUUCCCUCCCCCCCUUUCCUUUUGAGAUCUCUUUAUUCUUGAGUGUGUAUUCAGGCACAGUGAAGCGUGUUACACUUCAGAUCUUUGGCUCACACUAUUUGUGUGCCUUUAUUCACCAUUGUUUAAACCCACCUGGCUGUUAUAAGUAAUACACCAAAGUAAUCUAGAAAAUCAUUUUUGUUUGCCAGCAAUGCCUUAGCUGUAGAUGCAAUUAAUUCCUUGACAGCGUGGUUAAAGUCCUGCUGCAAAGAUAGAAGACGUCUUAGCAAGAAGGUGGACACUUUUGCUUCUUAAUGCCAAUAACUUCAUGCUUGCUUUCUGGACUGAAGAGUUUGAGUAUGAGCACAGUUGAAGAAGAGUCUGACACAGUGACAGUAGAAACAGUGAACUCCGUGACUCUGACUCAGGACACUGAAGGAAACCUCAUACUUCACUGCCCUCAAAACGAAACUGAUGAAGUAAACUCUGAAGACAGCACUGAACCUCCACACAAAAGGCUUUGCUUGUCAGAGGAUGACCAGAGCCUUGAUGACUCAGCUCCCUGCAUUUCUGUUGUUGCAGUUCCGAUUUCAGAGAAUGAUCAGAGCUUUGAGGUGACCAUGACUGCUACUGCUGAGGUAGCUGAAGAUGAGAUUAAUGAAGGAACUGUUACUCAGAUUCAGAUUCUUCAGAAUGAACAGCUGGAUGAAAUCUCUCCAAUGGGCAAUGAAGAAGUGUCAGCUGUUAGUCAAGCCUGGUUCACAACCAAAGAGGAUAAGGAUUCCCUGACAAAUAAAGGCCAUAAGUGGAAGCAAGGGAUGUGGUCAAAGGAAGAAAUUGACAUUUUGAUGAGUAAUAUUGAACGUUACUUAAAGGCCCGUGGAAUAAAAGAUGCCACUGAAAUUAUAUUUGAAAUGUCAAAAGAUGAGAGAAAAGAUUUCUACAGGACAAUAGCUUGGGGUCUGAAUCGGCCUCUCUUUGCUGUUUAUAGAAGAGUUCUUCGCAUGUAUGAUGACAGAAACCAUGUUGGAAAGUAUACACCCGAGGAAAUUGAAAGGCUUAAAGAACUGAGAAUAAAGUACGGCAAUGACUGGGCCACAAUAGGAGCUGCGCUGGGGAGAAGUGCUUCUUCUGUGAAAGAUCGAUGUAGAUUGAUGAAGGAUACCUGCAACACAGGAAAGUGGACAGAAGAGGAAGAAAAGAGAUUAGCAGAAGUAGUUCAUGAGCUAACGAGCACAGAACCAGGUGACAUUGUCACACAAGGUGUAUCAUGGGCUGCUGUAGCAGAAAGGGUCGGAACACGCUCUGAAAAACAGUGCCGCUCUAAAUGGCUCAACUAUCUCAACUGGAAACAAAGUGGGGGGACUGAGUGGACCAAGGAAGAUGAAAUAAAUCUGAUUUUAAGGAUAGCAGAACUUGAAGUUUCUGAUGAAAAUGACAUCAAUUGGGAUUUACUCGCGGAAGGAUGGAGCAGUGUCCGCUCGCCACAGUGGCUUCGGAGUAAAUGGUGGACCAUCAAAAGACAGAUUGCAAACCACAAAGAUGUUUCAUUCCCUGUGCUGAUAAAGGGUCUUAAACAACUGCAUGAGAACCAAAAAAACAAUCCAGGGCACCAGCUUUCGGAGAACAAAUCUGGAGGUGGAUUACCAAACAGUAACUCCACUUCAGGUGUUCAGCACGUGCAGAUUCGAGUGGCUCGCCUGGAGGAGAAUGCAGGGAACACACCAGGCCCUGUGACAGCUUUGCAGAUCCCAGUCCAGAUUACACAUGUCUCCUCGACAGAUUCCCCUGCUGCUACAGUUGACUCUGAGACGAUAACACUCAACAGUGGAACACUACAGACCUUUGAGAUUCUUCCAUCUUUCCAUCUCCAGCCUACAGGAACACCGGGUACAUACUUGCUACAGACGAGCUCAAGCCAAGGCCUUCCUUUAACACUGACAACUAGUCCUACCAUGACCCUAACAGCUGCUGCUGCUCCAGCCUCCCCAGAACAGAUCAUAGUCCAUGCCUUAUCUCCAGAGCACUUGUUGAAUACAAGUGACAAUGUCACAGUGCAGUGCCACACACCAAGUGUCAUCAUCCGCACCGUUGCUGCCGAAGAUAUCUCCUCCUCUGUCACUCAGGCAGAACUUACUGUUGAUUCAGACAUUCAGGCAGCUGGUCUGACGGAUCCCCCUGAUACCUUGGAAACAAACAGCUUCCCAGAUGAUAUCCAUCAGUCCAAGCUGAGUGAUGAAGAACAUUCUGCGUACAAUGAAGAUGAUGCCUCAAAAUUCAGCAGCAGGAAUAGCAGUGAACUGAUGGAUGGAGUUAUGGUAAGAACUGAAGAGGAGAUUUCAGAUGCCAGCCUGAAGCGGGAAGAGGAUUCUCACUCUGAUUUACCCAGCACAUACGUCACUGAGGACCUGGGUUCUCCUACAAUAGAAGAACAGGUUGAUCAGCCUACAAUAGACGAUGAGACUGUGCUCAUUGUUCCUUCUUCCCAUGGUUUUAUCCAGACAUCAGAUGACAUAGACAGCGAAUCAGUGUUGCCGCUGACAACUCUAACAGAUCCUAUCCUACAGCACCAUGGAGAUGGCUCACACAUUAUUGGCUCAUCACUGGGCAGUCCUGACUCAGAAGAUUCGAAAGAUGUUGAAGAUCUGGUGAGCUGUCACUGAGAGAAGCAGUAAAUCGUGUCCAUUUUGUAUUGACCGUGUUUGCAUUGUGAAAUUAGUUACAACCCUGUGCCACGUUUCCAAAGAAAGCAGCCAGUCCAUGUCCUUAAAAAGAAACUUACAGUUUGAAAUGACGACGGUGCACUUUUUCUGCUCGGGCCAUUUACCUCAUAUGUGAAGGGUUCCAGAGCACCCGAUAGAAGCCUGACGUGCUACAAUCCAACCAGGGUGUGUUUUCCAGUGUUUCCCUGUUGGCAGUGCUCACUGCUUGGAGCCACGUGGUCAAUUCUGAUCUGAAUUGUGCUAAACUGCACAUCUCUAAAACUGGACAGAAGGCAGCGAUUGUGGAUCGGAUCCUCUUAGUGCCACAGCAAGAAACAGUUUGCACGUUUCAUUGAAGAAUGGCUGAUGAUUUCUGCACUUACUGACUCUCGCAAUAUGUGGAGCAAGACUGUUACAUUUCAGGAAGAAAACGCGUUCCAUCAAAGACUUCAAGGGAGCAUCAUAAGGCAAUGGUCUGUAUUCCCAUCUCAUCUGGUUUAUUAGUAUGGCUGCAACAUAGGACUUAAGACAGAUGCUUAUGGGAUUUGUCAGGUCUGCUUGUUCCCAAGUCGUCCGUUGCUGGCAACGGAUAGAACUCAGAUCGUUUGUGGAAAAUCUUUUUUGUUUUCCUUCCUUCAUCACUACGUGAAGCUGAAUAAAAGGGAAGGCCUAUGAGAAAGGGAAGCUACAAGCACCCACCAGCCUCUCCCUGAACCGUUUUAAGGUUGUUGUGAGUAUGCUGGAACAUUUGGUCUCGCUGUUUACAUGACACUACCAGCCACCUCUAGAGGUGAUUUAUGCAGCAAGGGAGUAGAUGGGAGGUUGGUGUGGAAGUGGCAAAGUCUUGGAGAAAGAGCCCUGAGGCAAAGGAAGCCAAUUAAUCCCUGUAUUCAAGGAUUGCAACAGGCCGUAGGCUGAGCAGCAGCCUGUGAGCUGGGGACUGAGAGUAAGAGCUAUAGAAACUAUAAAGACUCACGUAUAAGUUAUUUUAUUUAUUUCUGUAAUUAGCUCUUCAUAAUCAAGAGUUGGUCUUUUUCAGUCCGUGGUUUUGUUAAUGUGAAAAAAUAAGUUGUAGUUUCAAAAUGGUUGCCUAGGGAACAGAAGUAAUUGUAUAUUCAGUUUCAAUAAAAUAAAGAGUAUUUGUCUUA